GUUUCCACGGUUUGUUUGGAGGACUCACCGGCUCAUGCUUGAUCUUCCAGUCCUCAGUCAUUAAUGACCGGUUCCCACCGUUGAUUUGCAAAACGAGCAGUUGCGGGUGCUGGACCUGAAUGGACAUGACAGGGAAGUCUAAUUGAACACCACGUUAAGAUGAUACAGUCACUGCAUUCAUCAGGACCUGAAUAUCAUUGGACUUUGAAUAUGAAAGGAGAAAUGUCUGUCAGCUUUGCGAAAGGGGCAAGAUUUCUUACCUCAGUGAUUGACAAAAAACUGAAACUAUCACACACCCCAGAGUGAGAAUGUACCAGUUCAAUGACGGUGAAAAGAGCUUUAACCAGUUACAAAGGCUGACUGAGAGUGUUCCAGUGCACUGACUGUGGAGAAAGCUUUAACAAAUUACGCAGCUUGAAAAAAAAACAACAUUCACAGUAUGGAGAAGCUAUCCAAGUGUUGUGUGCCUUAAAAAAGCCUUCAACUGAUUGUUUAAUCUGGAGAGACACAAGGACAUGCAAAGCAUGGAGAAACCUUGGAAAUGUGAGGACUGUGGUAAAGGAUUCAAUUAUCCAUCUCUGCUGGAAAUUCAUCGACGCAGUCACACCGGUGAGAGACCAUUUAUUUGUUCGGUGUGUGGGAAGGGAUUUACGAAAUCAUCCAGCCUCAUGUACCACCAGCGAAUUCACACUCAAGAGAAGCCGUUCAGCUGCACUUAUUGUGGAAAAAUGUUCAGACAGUCAUGCAACCUCACUGCACACCAGCGAAUUCAUACUGAGGAGAGGCCAUUUAGUUGCACUCACUGUGGAAAAAAAUUCAGGCAGUCGUCGAAUCUCACUGCACACCAACUAAUUCACACUGGGGAGAAGUCGUUCAUCUGCUCUGUGUGUGGGAAAGGAUUUGCUCAGUCAUCUGGCCUUUGGUCCCAUCAGCGAAUUCACACUGGGAAGAAGUUAUCCAGUGACACUUGCUGUAGAAAGAGGUUAAAGUCUUCAGCUGACCUCGCGUCACAAGAUGAUCCUGGAGAGAAGCCAUUCACUUGCUCUGUGUGUGGAAAGGGAUUUAGUCAGUCAGGCAGCCUCCUGUUACACCAGCGAAUUCACACUGAGGAGAGGCCAUUCAGCUGCACUCAAUGUGGGAAGAGGUUUAAGCAUUCAAACACUCUCACUGCACACCAGCGAAUUCACACUGGGGAGAAGCCAUUCACUUGCUCCAAGUGUGGAAAGGGAUUUGCUCAGUCAUCCAACCUGGUAGUACACCAACGAAUUCAUGCAGAAGAAAAACCUUUAAACUGCACUCACUGUGGAAAGUGUUUCAGAUCUUCUUCGAAUCUCAUUGCACAUCUGCGCACUCAUACUGGGGAGAGACGGUUCAUCUGUUCUGUUUGUGGGAAGGGAUUUACUCAGUCAGCCAGCCUCAUGUUACACCAGCGAAUUCACAGUGGCGAAAUGCCAUUCAGCUGCAGUCAGUGUGGAAAAAGGUUCAGACAUUCAUCCACCCUCACUGCACACCAGCGAGUUCACACUGGGGAAAAGCCAUUUAUUUGCUCCAUAUGUGGAAAAGGAUUCACACACUCGUCUGGCCUUUGGUCUCACAAGCGAGUUCACACUGGGGAGAGACAAUUCAGUUGCAUUGCAUGCAGAAAAAGGUUCAGAUCUGCAUCUGAUCUCAAUGUACAUAAGCGAGUUCAUACUGGGGAGAGACCAUUCACUUGCUCCACAUGUGGGAAGGGAUUUACUCUGUCAUCCAAUCUGCUGACACAUCAGAGAAUUCAUAAGCGUAAACAGAGACCACAUCCUAUUUCUACCUAUGUCAUUUGUGCCAUGUGUAGUGACUUCUGGUUGCUCAUCCUCCCCCUUGAGAACAUUCUGCAGCCAGUCCGUGGCAUCCUGGACCCUGACAUCUGGGAAGCAACACUGCAUCCUGGAUUCCUCUCUGUGGCCCCAGAAUAUCCUGCCCACAACAAUUUGCUUGUCUGUGCAGGUGACAUGCUUCCAGACUCUAAUGUAUGUGCCAAAGUGAUGCCUCUCCCUAUUGUUUGGCCUCUGCCGGACGUCGUCUUCCUGCUGAUCACGGGCUGUUGCCAGACGAUCCGCUCCCCAAUGCAGGUGAUGCUUCCAGGCUCUGAUACUUGCACAGAGCAGCAUUUUGGAAUUAAAUUAUCAAGGUACACGAAACAAUGUGAUGAGAUACUUUACAGAAAAGUGAAAGCUUCAUUGAUCAAGAUCAUUAGUGAGGAAAUUUGCAAGUUUCUGAAUUCAAUCAUUUUCAACACAGCAGCAGCAACAUUUGGUAAAACCAGAACCCGUAACAAGGACUGGUUUGAGACCUGUUCAGGGUUGGAGAACUACAUACACCCCAUGUUCCAGGAACAAUAUUGUGUCUGCCUUUGGGGAUCCCCCCAAGCUGCUAACACCUGUUGGGAAGCAGAACUGAUAGUGUUGGCUUCUGUAUAUACUCAUAAUUCCACCUGUUCUGCUGAGGUGCCUGAGAGCAAGCUGCCUUGCUCUAUCACUUUGUGUAAGGUGGUAACGACCCAGCCUGCUUUCCGUAUGCUAUUCUCAACAAAUGAAGACCUGUCUGUGAAAAGGACCAGAAUAGUGGGAUUGACUGGACUAGCGGAAGUUGGGGAUUUACAAGAGGGUAGUCCAGUAUGUCCACCAGACAUCUGUUACCUGGGAGACCUGAUUCAUGGACAACAUGGUGUGAACUGUGUGAGAACGCUUAAUAAUCAACUGAUCAAGUAUGAUGGGUGCUGUGGCCAUCACAACCCUACACGUAGCCUCCAUGGUUCUCUGGCAACUACCCCAUCCUACAAUCACUGUAUCCAGCUGAGUGAAAUGGUAGCCACUGGUUCGCUGCCUGACACCAUGCUCCUGUACAAGUAUAAGCUUCAUGUGACAAUCAUUCUCAUGUACAUAGAGGGGAGACCCACCGUGCCAUUCACGAAGGAGUUCCAGGAUUUUGACCCAGUGACACUGAAGUUUGUUACAAACAGUGAUGGACAGAAUCAGAGAGAGAAAUCUGCUUUGGCGAGUAGUGGGCUGCUUUUGGCGAGGCUUGGGGGUUGGCCUCAGGGAACAGCCAAGUUCCAGGCACCACAGUUGGCUCUGCUAAGAGCAGUGGAAGCCCUUCAAAAUUGGAGAAGAAUGCUUAAAAAGGAAAUUAGAGCAAAGAAGGGCCACAAAAUAUCUUUGACAGAUGCGAUCAAAAGCCUCAUGGAUUUUUCGGGCGAUGUUCAAAAUGAGUGGGAGUUCAAUACAAUUCAGAAUGGCCACAGCUUGUCUAUUAUCAAGCUGCCAAAACCUCAUGCAACACGUAAGGAAGGAAAAGGACGCAAAUCCUGCACUCCAGUUUCCUCUACCCGAGAAUAUCGUUGUACUUUGAGCAUGGAAGGAAAAAGCACCAUUCGCAUUGGGGAGAAACUGUAUGUAUGUUCUGUGUGUGGACGAGGCUUUAGCCGAUCAUCUGGUUUGUCCAGAUACAAGUGCAGUCACACGGUGGAGAACCCGUGGAAAUGUGAGGACUGUGGGAAGGGGUUCAAUUACCCGUCUGACUUAGAAACUCAUCGGCGCAGUCACACGGAGGAGAAACCGUUCACCUGUCCUCAGUGUGGUAAGGCCUUCGCUCAGUCAUCAACCCUCCUCAAACAUCAGCGUGAUCACAAUGGCCAUAUGCCAUUCACCUGUCCUGAAUGUGGGAAGCGACUUAUUCAGUUUUCCAACUUAUUCGGUCAUCAGAGAACUCACACUGGGGAGAGGCCGUUCAUCUGCACAGAGUGUGGGAAGGGAUUCACUCAGUCAUCCCAGCUGAUGGCACACCAGCGAGUUCACACUGGGAACAGGCCUUUCACCUGCUCCGAAUGUGGGAAGAGAAGUUCUCAGUUAUCAGAUCUGCUGAAACACCAGCGUGUUCACACCAGUGAGAAACCAUUCACCUGCUCUGAGUGCGGAAAGGGAUUCACUCAGUCGUCCCACUUGCUGAAACACCAACGAGUUCACAGUGAUGAAAGACGAUUUGAAUGCCUGCACUGUGGGAAGCGUUUUAAAAGUUGUGUGGAAUUGAUGUCCCAUCAACACGUUCAAAGUGACGAGAGACCUUUUAAAUGCCAAGACUGCGAGAAGUGCUUUAAAACCUCAGGGGAACUGAUAACCCAUCAACGUGUUCACACUGAUGAGAGAUCAUUCAGGUGUUCUCACUGCAGGACUGGGUUCAGAAAAUCAUCUCAACUCAGUGUACACCAGCGAAUUCACACUGGGGAGAGGCCGCUUAGCUGCUCCCAUUGUGGGAAUAGAUUUAAUCAUUUGUCGAAUCUAUUAAAACAGAAGUGUAUUCACACUGGGGAAAAGCCAUUUUCCUGCUCUGAUUGUGGGAAAGGAUUCACUCAGUCAUCCCAUCUGUUGAGGCAUAAGCAAGUUCACAAGUAACUAGCAUGAUUGGGUUUGGCUGUUAAUCACAUACAGGACUGAACCAUGUUAAUUGGGGUGAAUUUCUGUGGAUGUUCAAUAGUUCGAGGUGUUCAUGUUCUGGAUAAAGUGAAAUAAAUUAUUUUUUGUGUGAAACAUAUGAAUGUUUAGUCUUUUUAUUAUCUCUGGAACUAGUAACUAAUUGUUGAAGGACUCUCCCUCUCCCAUUUCGCUAUCCUCA